GCAAGUGUGGCUGCGAGCGGAAGGGGGCCAGAGGUCUCCGGCAGUGAUCACAGGGCUGUAUGACAAAUGUUCUUAUACCUCACGUGACCGAGGAUGGGUCGUGGGCAUUCACACCAUCAGUGACCAAGGCAACAGAGACCCACGCUACUUUUUCUCCUUGAAGACAGACCGGGCCCGGCAAGUGACCACCAUCAAUGCCCACCGCAGCUACCUCCCAGGCCAGUGGGUAUAUCUAGCUGCCACCUAUGAUGGGCAGUUCAUGAAGCUCUAUGUAAAUGGUGCGCAGGUGGCUACCUCUGGGGAGCAAGUGGGUGGCAUAUUCAGCCCACUGACCCAGAAGUGCAAAGUGCUCAUGUUAGGGGGCAGUGCCCUGAAUCACAACUACCGGGGCUACAUCGAGCACUUCAGUCUGUGGAAGGUGGCCAGGACUCAGCGGGAGAUACUGUCUGACAUGGAAACCCACGGCGCCCACACUGCUCUACCUCAACUACUCCUCCAGGAGAACUGGGACAAUGUGAAGCAUGCCUGGUCCCCCAUGAAGGAUGGCAGCAGCCCCAAAGUGGAAUUCAGCAAUGCCCACGGCUUUCUGCUGGACACGAGUCUGGAGCCUCCUCUGUGCGGACAGACAUUGUGUGACAACACAGAGGUCAUCGCCAGCUACAAUCAGCUCCCGAGUUUCCGCCAGCCCAAGGUGGUGCGCUACCGCGUGGUCAACCUCUACGAAGAUGAUCAUGGGAACCCGAUGGUGACCCGUGAGCAGGUGGACUUCCAGCACCAGCAGCUGGCUGAGGCCUUCAAGCACUACAACAUCUCCUGGGAGCUGAAGGUGCUGGAGGUGAGCAACUCCUCCCUUCGCCGCCGGCUCAUCCUGGCCAACUGUGACAUCAGCAAGAUCGGAGAUGAGAACUGUGACCCCGAGUGCAACCACACGCUGACCGGCCAUGACGGCGGGGAUUGCCGUCACCUGCGCCACCCCGCCUUUGUGAAGAAGCAAAAGAACGGGGUGUGUGACAUGGACUGCAACUAUGAACGGUUCAACUUUGAUGGUGGAGAGUGCUGUGACCCUAAAAUCACCGAUGUCACUCAGACUUGCUUUGACCCCGACUCUCCACACAGAGCCUACUUGGAUGUUAAUGAGCUGAAGAACAUUCUUAGAUUGGAUGGAUCAACACAUCUCAAUAUUUUCUUUGCAAACUCCUCAGAGGAGGAGUUGGCAGGAGUAGCAACUUGGCCAUGGGACAAGGAGGCCCUAAUGCACUUAGAUGACGACUGUACGGACUCCUUCACGCCCAAUCAAGUAGCCAGAAUGCACUGUUACCUGGACCUGGUCUACCAGAGCUGGCAGCCCUCCAGGAAACCGGCGCCUGUUGCCCUCGCCCCCCAAGUUGUGGGCCACACAACGGACUCUGUGACACUGGAGUGGUUCCCACCUAUAGAUGGCCACUUCUUUGAAAGAGAAUUGGGAUCAGCAUGUGAUCUUUGCCUGGAAGGGAGAAUCCUGGUACAGUAUGCUUUCAAUGCCUCCUCCCCAAUGCCCUGCGGUCCAUCAGGACACUGGAGCCCUCGUGAAGCAGAAGGUCAUCCUGAUGUUGAACAGCCCUGUAAGUCCAGUGUCCGCACCUGGAGCCCAAAUUCAGCUGUCAACCCACACACAGUUCCUCCAGCCUGCCCUGAGCCUCAAGGCUGCUACCUCGAGCUGGAAUUCCUCUACCCGUUGGUCCCUGAGUCUCUGACCGUUUGGGUGACCUUUGUCUCCACUGACUGGGACUCCAGUGGAGCUGUCAAUGACAUCAAACUGUUGACUGUCAGUGGGAAGAACAUCUCCCUGGGUCCUCAGAAUGUCUUCUGUGACAUCCCACUGACCAUCAGGCUCCGGGACGUAGGCGAGGAGGUGUACGGCAUCCAGAUCUACACGCUGGACGAGCACCUAGAGAUCGAUGCUGCCAUGUUGACCUCCACUGCAGAUACCCCACUCUGUCUACAGUGUAAGCCCCUGCAGUAUAAGGUGGUCCGGGACCCUCCUCUCCAGGUGGAUGUGGCCUCCAUCCUACAUCUCAAUAGGAAAUUCAUAGACAUGGAUCUAAAUCUUGGCAGUGUGUACCAGUAUUGGGUCAUAACUAUUUCAGGAACUGAAGAGAGUGAGCCAUCACCUGCUGUCACAUACAUCCAUGGAAGUGGGUACUGUGGCGAUGGCAUUAUACAAAAAGACCAAGGUGAAGAAUGCGAUGACUUGAACAAGAUCAAUGGUGACGGCUGCUCCCUUUUCUGCCGACAAGAAGUUUCCUUCAAUUGUAUUGAUGAACCCAGCCGGUGCUAUUUCCAUGAUGGUGAUGGGGUAUGUGAGGAGUUUGAACAAAAAACCAGCAUUAAGGACUGUGGUGUCUACACGCCCCAGGGAUUCCUGGAUCAAUGGGCAUCCAAUGCUUCAGUAUCUCAUCAAGACCAGCAGUGCCCAGGCUGGGUCAUCAUCGGACAGCCAGCAGCAUCCCAGGUGUGUCGAACCAAGGUGAUAGAUCUCAGUGAAGGCAUUUCCCAGCACGCCUGGUACCCUUGCACCAUCAGCUACCCAUAUUCCCAGCUGGCUCAAACCACUUUUUGGCUCCGGGCGUACUUUUCUCAGCCAAUGGUUGCUGCAGCUGUCAUUGUCCACCUGGUGACGGAUGGGACAUAUUAUGGGGACCAAAAACAGGAGACCAUCAGUGUGCAGCUGCUUGAUACCAAAGAUCAGAGCCACGAUCUAGGCCUCCAUGUCCUGAGCUGCAGGAACAAUCCCCUGAUUAUCCCUGUGGUCCAUGACCUCAGCCAGCCCUUCUACCACAGCCAGGCGGUACGUGUGAGCUUCAGUUCGCCCCUGGUCGCCAUCUCGGGGGUGGCCCUCCGCUCCUUCGACAACUUUGACCCCGUCACCCUGAGCAGCUGCCAGAGAGGGGAGACCUACAGCCCUGCCGAGCAGAGCUGUGUGCACUUCGCAUGUGAGAACACUGACUGCCCAGAGCUGGCUGUGGAGAAUGCUUCUCUCAAUUGCUCCAGCAGCGACCGCUACCAUGGCGCCCAGUGUACUGUGAGCUGCCGGACAGGCUAUGUGCUCCAGAUACGGCGGGAUGAUGAGCUGAUCAAGAGCCAGGUGGGACCCAGCGUCACAGUGACUUGUACAGAGGGCAAGUGGAAUAAGCAGGUGGCCUGUGAGCCAGUGGACUGCAGCAUCCCAGACCACCAUCAUGUCUACGCCGCCUCCUUCUCCUGCCCCGAUGGUACCACCUUUGGCAGUCAGUGUUCCUUCCAGUGCCGUCACCCUGCACAAUUGAAAGGCAACAACAGCCUCCUGACCUGCAUGGAGGAUGGGCUGUGGUCCUUCCCAGAGGCCCUGUGUGAGCUCAUGUGCCUCGCUCCACCCCCGGUGCCCAAUGCAGACCUCCAGACUGCCCGGUGCCGAGAGAAUAAGCACAAGGUGGGCUCCUUCUGCAAAUACAAAUGCAAGCCUGGAUACCAUGUGCCUGGAUCCUCUCGGAAGUCAAAGAAACGGGCCUUCAAGACUCAGUGUACCCAGGAUGGCAGCUGGCAGGAGGGAGCUUGUGUUCCUGUGACCUGUGACCCACCUCCACCAAAAUUCCACGGGCUCUACCAGUGCACAAAUGGCUUCCAGUUCAACAGUGAGUGUAGGAUCAAGUGUGAAGACAGCGACACCUCCCAGGGACGUGGGAGCAACAUCAUUCAUUGCCGGAAAGAUGGCACCUGGAGUGGCUCCUUCCAUGUCUGCCAGGAGAUGCAAGGCCAGUGCUCGGUCCCAAACCAGCUCAACAGCAACCUCAAACUGCAGUGCCCUGAUGGCUAUGCCAUAGGGUCGGAGUGUGCCACCUCGUGCCUGGACCACAACAGCGAGUCCAUCAUCCUGCCAAUGAACGUGACCGUGCGUGACAUCCCCCACUGGCUGAACCCCACUCGCGUGGAGAGAGUUGUCUGCACUGCUGGUCUCAAGUGGUAUCCUCACCCUGCUCUGAUUCACUGCGUCAAAGGCUGUGAGCCCUUCAUGGGAGAUAAUUACUGUGAUGCCAUCAACAACCGAGCUUUUUGCAACUAUGACGGCGGGGAUUGCUGCACCUCCACAGUGAAGACCAAAAAGGUCACCCCAUUCCCUAUGUCCUGUGACCUACAAGGUGACUGUGCUUGUCGGGACCCCCAGGCCCAAGAACACAGCCGGAAAGACCUCCGGGGAUACAGCCAUGGCUAAGGAAGGACAAGGAGUUGUCAAAGAAUUCCCAACGCCAGGACCCGCAUCCCUUUGGUAUUGAUUUCACAGUCAGCUGCUCAAUGGAAUGGCCUCUCCACACCAGGGAUCCUUAGCACCCAACCGGUCUGCCUUUAAUUUUACCCAGGAAGGACACACAGUGGGGUGAAUGAACCAAGUUUCGCCAUGCUGGAUGAUGAAAUGGAUUCCCAUCCCAAAGUCUGAGAUGGAUUGCAUAUACAGUGUGCAGUCCCAGAGCCUCCUAAAAUUCUAGCCAUUUGUCACACAACCACAGCAAGAAACAUGUUCUAUAUCUAGAGUGCGCCCAUCUGUGGUUAGUACACAUGCAUGCAUACACACCCAUACAAACAUCUGCGUGAGGGCAGUUCUGGAGAUGAGUAGAGAGAGACUGGAAUAAACUCAAUCUUUUCUUUCCCAAGCUCCUAGCCAACACUAUCUUUGGGAGAAAGAAAUUUGCAGAAACUGCUAAGACCAAGUGUGGAGAUGUCAAGAUAGUUCACACACUGAGGCUCGGAAUAUGUAGGACAUGCACAAUUGUAUAGUCCUUUGGGAUUGGCAGUGAAAUAGUCUGUGAUCACCUAUCUUCUAGGGAACUAGGACCUAGGAAGAGGUAAAGAUUAUAAGGUAUGCAAAGCGCCCCAAUUCUUCUGCUGCCAUGGGGGAUUUUACCCCAACUCCAGGGUUUGAGGCCAAUCUGAGAAUGGCUUAGGAUUGCAAUGUCAAGGUAUUAUGUCAGCCCCUUGCUUGAGGCUUGAGGUAAUAAUAUCCCUCUAGGACUUACCUGUUCCCCCAAAUCUUGCCUUGGGACCACAUUUGCUGCUACUUUUCCUGCUGCUCUAUCCUAUACAUUGAAUAAUCCAAGAUGGUAGAACUAGGUUAGGAGACAUUCCACACAACCAGUCUGCCUUAAAAGUGACCCACAUUUUUCCAUAGCUCCUCACUUUUUAGCCCUUCUGCAAGAGAAAAACCCUCAUGGGUCCACAUGGUGAGAAGUUAAGUUUCCUGUAAGUGGGCCUCUCACCCUGGAAAAGAGUUGAGGGAUAUCGGAUGCUGGAACCCUCACUGAAAGUCCAGAAUGUCUAAGCCAGUGUUAGAUUUUGUAAACAAGUGGAACAGUGUUAAAUUUCUAUGAUGUUGGAGCCAUCCAGAGACUAUUGGAAUUGUCGAGACUCUUGGAUUAUUAUCCUUAUCCUAAUCUUCCUAGCCCUUCAGGCUAGAGUAGGCUUUGGUCCUGAGAACUUCGCUGUUGCUCUGAGGAGAUAUAAUUCUGGGAGAAAGUAUCUUUCAUAAGAAUAGUAUACAUUGUUCUCGAGAGGGCCAUCAGAAAGAAGCCAAAGAGUUCACAGCCUCAGCACCAACAACUCAACAUGGUCAUCAUGUUUUCUAUAUGGUUUUUCCAGCUACCAGUACUCCCUUCCAUACCUGUGGCUGGGCAAUACUUUUCUCUCUCCCAUGUCUAGCCUCCAAAAGUUAAGUGAAAAUUAGUCAACUGUAUGUGGAAGCCCCCACCACUUUGGGGAUCUUUUUGUUUCUUUUCAGCCAGGUACUUGUCCACUCCCUUUAAAUUAAUAUGGGAAGAAAUUAAUACAGGAUGAACUGGAGAGAAAGGUUGAGUGGGACAUGCUUUCUGAAACCUGGAGCUGGGAAUUGAGGUGAAGGGAAGGUCUAGACUAGUUAUAUCACAUAGGGAUUACUGUAAAUCAAGUCAUCUCAAGUCUAGUGAAGACAGCCAACAGAAACAAAACCUAGCCUAGGGAUAGAAAAUACCACGCACGUGUGCAGCCUCACCUAACUCCUGCAUCCAAGGCAGGUGUUGUUAAUCUAUCAUAGCCUUU